ACCUGAUCUAUCCUUAAUUCUCUUCUUCUCAUUUUUCUUCUAUACCUACGUACCUAUACUAUAAUUAAUACAAUAAACAAAAAAGUGAAAAAUAUGGCGCAUGUUCAGGUUGCAAAUGGCGUGAGGAGCUCACUCUAUGUUGGUGAUCUCCAUCCCUCACUAAAUGAAACACAACUUUUUCAAUUGUUUAGCCAAAUAGGUCAACUCAUUUCCGUUCGUGUGUGCAGAGAUUUGAGCUCAGGACGAUCCCUCGGUUAUGGCUAUGUUAAUUUUAGUAAUCCACAAGAUGCUUCUCGAGCAAUGAAUGUCCUGAAUUUUCGGGUUGUUAAUGGUAAGCCAAUUAGAAUAAUGUAUUCUAAUCGGGACCCGAGUAUUCGAAAGAGUGGAACCGCCAAUAUAUUUAUUAAAAACUUGGAUAAAGGAAUUGACUGCAAAGCUUUACAUGAAACAUUUUCAAGCUUUGGCAACAUUUUGUCCUGUAAAAUAGCUACCGAUGUUUGGGGUCACUCUAAAGGUUAUGGUUUUGUUCAAUUUGAGAGCGAAGAGGCUGCUCAGUGUGCCAUUGACAAGCUUAACGGGAUGCUAUUUAAUGACAAACAAGUUUUUAUUGGACCUUUUGUUCGGAAAGAGAAAAGGAAAUUCAACAAUGUUUAUGUAAAGAACUUUUCUCCAACUUUGAAUGAAGAUGAUUUAACCAACAUUUUUGGUGAAUAUGGAAGUAUUACCAGUGUAGUGGUUAUGAGGGACCAGAAAGGAAAAUCCAAAGGUUUUGGAUUUGUGAACUUUGAAGACGCCGAUGAUGCAGCUCGAGCUGUUGAUGGUCUUAAUGGAAAGACGUUUGAUGAGAAAGAGUGGUAUGUUGGGAAGGCCCAGAAAAAAGGUGUAAGAGAGAUGGAAUUGAAAGAAAAAUUUGAGCACAAAAAUGAAAGAGUAAAUCAGUAUGUUAAUCCUAUGUAUCCAUUGUGUGCUCCAGGUGUUGGACAACAACUAUACUAUGGUGCUAUGAUUCCUCCCCAAUCCGGGUUUGGGUUUGGGUUUGGGUUUGGGUACAACCAGCAGUUACUCCGAGCUAGAACAGGGCUUGUACAACAAAAUGGGCAACCUCCACUUAUGCAUCCUCCACAGAUGUCCACAGCAGAACAACAGAGGAGAUUGGUGGGAAACAAGUUGUAUCCACUUGUGGAGCAAUUGGAGCAUAAAAAUGCAGCUAAAGUCACUGGCAUGCUUCUAGAGAUGGACCACACACAGCUUCUGCACUUGCUCAACUCACCUCAUGCCUUGAAAGCCAAAGUUGCUGAAGCUAUCGAUGUUUUGAGGAAUGACAACCUUCUUGUUUCUUGA